AUGCUCCUCCGCCGUCUCUACUCUUCCCUCCCCUCGACGAGGGUAGGCGGCACUUCCUCCGCCCUAUCUUCCAUACCCAGCGCAACAGGUUCCAAACCCUCUAUCAGGGGACGUAUCAAGCCUCGUUCAGCCAAUACCUCAGCGUUAUGUAAACCCAAACAACCCAUUUCUGUAUCGACCAUACCUAAAUCAGAAGGUAAUGGUAGAAUCAGACGAAGAAUCAGGUCCAUUUCGAAUCCCAACCAUGAGAUCAACGUCGUAUCCGGCAGACGAUCUGCUUCUUCCGUCGAAACCGGCUCGUACUCCAUAUUCGACGAAGAAGAUUAUUCCAACCCUUCCACCGCACCUACAUCAACUUCACCAUCUUCACCCCGACUUCUAUUCACUCAUCCAGUCCCAUCUAAACAUGUCGUAGAAGGUUUUAAACCCAUUUACUUAUAUCCCGAACAAUUCAAAUUACAUUACACUUUCACCCCUUCUCAUCAUCCUCUACCACUCAACAUGGGUACAGCCAUAUAUACUCAUCCCCGAAACCCCAUCUCCACCAAAGGCGGUGAAUUAGAGGAUAUAUUUAGUAAACCCUCUGGACCUGAUCCUACCAAGUCCCUUCGACGAACGACCAAGAGCGGAUUAGGCGACCAUCAUAGAGUACUUUCCAAUUUAUCUCAUCCGGAACUAUUACAUCAUUUAGGAGGGCUGGUAGAUCCUUGGGCAGCUCAUCAGAUCCAACCGGGUUCGGGGUUAGGUUUGGAAGCGAUCCUAUCGAGCAAGUUGAACGAGUUGAAAGAAUCUUCGAAGAAGGAACAAGAACAACUGGAACGGAUCUUCGGUGCAUCGGAAGCUAAAGAUAGCUCGAGAGGGGUAGUACAAUCGAAAGGUGAAGCGGAAGUAAAUACCAAAGAUGCGAAUUUAGAUGAAGUUGUAGGAGGGUUAAACGAUGUUCUGGCUAAGAUGGGAUUAUCAGGAUCAACAAAAGAGAUAGCAGAGGAAGAUGGAGUGAUGUUGGAUAGCGUAAAGAGGAAGAGAAAGAAGAAGAUCUCGAAACAUAAAUACAAGAAGAGGAGAAAGGCUACUCGUGCUCUCAGGAAGAGAUUAGGAAAGUAA